AUGGCGAGACGAAAAUCAGGAGGGGCAAAGCCCGCUGAAUCCACAAAGCCCACCCUCGUUUCCGCACUCACCUCGCCCUGGGAUUUUCUCCGCCCAACCGACGAACUACAUACCCUGAUUGCAAAUUCGACAAAAGAAAUCUUGGAUCCUCUUGCUACAUCCAUUGUCGAUGAGCAAACUCUCCGCCGACAAAUCAAUAAGAAGCGCAAGCGUUCCGAAACAGACUCGAUUCACCCACAACUUCAGCUGAAAAACCUUUACACUGAAGGAUUCACGUCCAACCAAAUAUGGGAACAAGCUAUUCGGAUUCUAGAGUCUGCUGGUGCUGAAGUUGAACGGGAUGUUACUUUGUUGGCUAAGGAUAUCGAUUACCCAUCUUCUACCGAUGAGGACUCGGAUGUUUCUGGCCCUGAGGGUCUGGAAUCCGAGAGCGAUGAGGUUGAUGGCAUGUCAGAUGAGCUCGAUGAGGGCGAGAUUUCUGAUGAGCUCGAUGAGGAUAUGGACGAGGAUAUGGAGGACUCUAACAUGCUAGAGGAAGAAGAACUAGAUGGUGAAUUGGAAGAGGACAUGAGCGAAGAUGAAGAAGGCUCGACUUCAUCUGGUGAGGAGGAAGAUCCAGGUGUCUACACUGAAGAUAAAUUCGGUCUUAAUGACGGGUUCUUCUCCAUCGACGACUUCAAUAAGCAAUCUGAAUUCUUGGAGAGACAAGAUGCAAGGGGCGAUGUUGAGGAGGAGGAUAGCGAUGACGAAGUCGACUGGCAUGCAAACCCGAUGGUCCCUGGUAGCUCCAUGGCUACCGUCAAGAACAGCUCCUCGAAGGAACCUUCAAGGUCGAAGAAGGAUGAAGACGAGGAUGAGGACGAGGACGAGGAUAUGGAUGACAGCGAAGAAGAAGGUCCCACCUUUGGCAAUGUCGACCUCAACGCGGACACAGAUGAAGACGAAGAUGCCUCCGAGAAUGAGGAUGCUGAAGCCACUGGCUGGCUCGACACCAGUGAAAUCAAAUACGCCGAUUUCUUCGCACCACCACCACGAAAGGCUUCAUCCAAGCGAGCACGCGCACUCCCCAAGACCCAACCCGCUAUCACGGAAGAAGAUGUCAACCGAGCAAUGGCUGAUGCUCGACGUGACUUGUUCGAUGAGGAAUCUGAUAUUGAAGACGAGGCUGGUGCCGAGGAGGCUGCCGGCCCACAGUCGACCCACGAAAAACAGCGAGCACGUAUCGCGGAUGAAAUUCGCCGCCUUGAAGCCGCAAAUGUUGCAAAGAAGCAAUGGAUGGUAUCUGGUGAAGCCAGAGCCGUCGAGCGACCCGUGAAUUCCUUAAUCGAGGAGGACCUUGACUUCGAGCGAGUUGGCAAGCCCGUCCCCGUCGUGACCAACGAAACUUCCGAGGACAUUGAAGAGCUUAUCAAGCGUCGUAUCCUUGCUCAAGAAUUUGACGAGGUCAUCCGCCGUCGCCCAGGUGCCGGUGACGGAAAGACUCCCCGAAGCGCCCGAUUCGAACUGGAUGAUACCAAGCCCCAACAGAGUCUGGCUGAGAUGUAUGAAGCAGACCACUUGCGCGCCAGCGAUCCCAACUACGUCGACUCCAAGGACCGUAAAUUGGCCAAGGAACAUGACGAGGUCAACAGUCUCUGGACACAAAUCAGUGCUCAAUUGGAUACCCUCUGCAACUGGCACUACAAGCCCAAGGUGGCCCAGGCAAGCAUUAAUGUUGUCACCGAUGCGCCAACCAUCACAAUGGAAGACGCACGUCCUUCUGCUGGCAGCGCUGCUGGUGGGCCAUCUGCACUUGCGCCACAAGAGAUCUAUGCACCAGGUGAUGAUGGCAAGGUUGCUGGAGAGCUGGUGCUUAAGACUGGUGCUACUAUUUCCAAGGAUGAAAUGUCCCGCGAAGAGAAGGCCCGGGCUAGACGCCACAAGAAGAGUCAGAAGGAUGAUGCUGAUAAGCCUAAGAAGUCUGCCAAGGCUAUUGAGAAGCAGCAACUUGUGUCAGAUCUCAAGCAGGGAGGCGUUAAGGUAGUGAACAAAGAGGGGCAAAUUACCCAAAUUGAUGGCAGCAGGGUGAGAGAACCACACAAAAACCGCGGCGACAAUCUGAAACUAUAG